AUGUUUUCCUUCUCCGGUGUCUCCGCCCUUUCUUGUUUCUUAUUUCUUCUUAUAUCCUCGCAGCAGCAGCAGCUAGCAGCAGCAAGAGCAGCAAUGCCCUCCAGUACAGCAGAAGCAGCAGCAGCAACAGCAGCAGUAGAAAGAGCAGUAACAGAAGCAGCAGCAGCAGCAGAAGCAGCAGCAGCAGCAGCAGCAGAAGCAGAAGCAGAAGCAGCAGCAGCAGCAGCAGGUCAACAGAGUGAUUCAACUACCUCUAGCUAUGACUAUGUUCCUGAUCGUCUUGCUGCAGUGCAGCAGGAGAUAAAAGAAGCAGCAGCAGCAGCAGCAGCAGCAUCAGGAGCAGCAGCAGCAGGAGAAGGAGAAGAAGAUAUAAAAGUACCUCUUCUUAUUGCUGUAUCCAAGACACAUCCUGCUGCUGCUGUUGCUGCUGCUGCUGCAGCAGGAAUCCGCCAUUUUGGGGAAAAUUAUCCCCAAGAAUUAAUACAAAAAUCUAAAGAAUUACCUCUAGAUAUUCAAUGGCAUCUUAUUGGUGGUCUACAAACAAACAAAGUUAGUAAAUUAAUAAAAGAAGUAAAAAAUUUAUAUUCAAUUGAUUCUCUUGAUUCAAUUAAAUUAGCAGAAAAAAUACAACAAGAAGCAGCAGCAGCAGAUAAACAUAUUAAUGUAUUAAUACAAGUAAGUACCAGCAAUAGCAGCAGCAGCAGCAACAGCAGCAGCAGCAACAGCAGCAGCAGCAGCAGCAGCAGCAGCAAAAUUAUAUUUUCAUGA